AUGGAGAGCAGCAGCGAGACAAACAGCAGCAGCAAGACAAGCAGCAGCAGCAAGACAAGCAGCAGCAGCAAGACAAGCAGCAGCAGCAGCAGCAAUCAGGCCGGGGCCCGGAGGGCUGCGGCGCCGCAGUCCAGACACCAAACUGCCCAACCCCGAAGGGUCUGGUUUGGGAGCCGGGCGUCUCCGUGGGUGGCGGGCAGCAGCAGUAGGCCUUGGAGGGGUUUGGGUGGAGGGGAGCGGGGAGGUGUCUGUACAGCGGAGGGCUGGCGGCGGCGCCGGGGGGCAGCAGGAGCAGCAGCAGCAGGAGCAGCAGCAGCAGGAGGAGCAGCAGCAGCAGCAAGUCCCACGGGAGAGCAGCAGCAGCGCGAAGGCGCGGACGGCCGCGGAGACGCGAGACCCCCCUGA